AUGUCGGUUGCCUCGAAGCGGGCGCUCGAAUACCUCGAGGGCCAGCCGGGCAUCAUCUUCAACAGACUGUACCAGCAGCCCUCGACUGCCUUGGCCAUCUUCCGUCGCAUGUUGCCGCAUCUGGCAAAGAACCUGGUCAUGGCUAUGCUGUUCAUGCCCUCCCCUCUAGCCAUAUCCGAUCUCGAAACCUGGGUAAAGCCAGAUGUCGACAGCCUGCGCGCAAGCGGUUACUCAAACAACAUUCUCGGCCGCCUAAAGAUCCUCGAAGAAACCCGCAACGACCAGAACAGACCCGCAUACCAACUCAACAAAGCCUUCCGGAAGUCUCUGCGUCUGGCUCUCACUGGCGGAGGUGAUCAUCGCUCUUUCGGUGUGCCGUCAAGCACCCCAGACAAAAAUGAAGUUACCGUGGAUUUCCUUGACACCUAUGCUCGUCAACAGUGGGAAGGCAUCUUAUACUAUGUCGUCGGUAGUGCGGGUCAAGGCCUCGGUGGCGCUGUCAACAUCACAGCUGGAACAAAAGAGCUGCUGGAGAGUGGAGGCUUUGUCAUGACCAAGGGUCGGAACGCAUACAUCACUCGCGAUGGUUUCUCGUUCCUGCUACAAGAAACCAACGCUCAGAUCUGGACAUUGCUGAUCGAGUAUCUGAAGCUUUCAGAAAGACUUCAGAUGGAUGCUGUCGAUGUCUUGAGUUUCCUCUUCACUCUGGGUUCGCUCGAGCUGGGCGUCUCAUACACCACUGAAAACCUGACUCCCACUCAGGCACAUAUGCUAGACGACCUAUCCGACUUUGGCAUCGUCUACCGUCGCGCAUCCGACAAGUCACGCUACUAUCCCACAAGAUUAGCCACCACUUUGACGUCCGACUCGCCAGCCUUACUUAACACUUCCAUCUCAGCUACUUCUCUUGGGGUCACUCCAACAGGCGGAAACAUGGUUGCUCCUCAAGAAACAGAAAAGGGCUACAUCAUCGUCGAGACAAACUAUCGUAUUUAUGCCUACACAUCCUCACCGCUCAACAUUUCCAUCCUAUCCCUAUUCGCCAACCUCAAGACUCGCUUUCCCAACAUGUUGACCGCAACUCUUACAAAGUCAUCAAUCCAACAAGCUAUUGCUGCAGGCAUCACCGCCGAUCAAAUCAUCACAUAUCUAACAACACAUGCUCACCCCAUCCUGCGAAAAUCGACACCAAUCCUACCACCAACAGUAGUCGAUCAGAUCCGGUUAUGGCAGUUGGAAAACGAGCGCAUGAAAGCCACACCAGGUUAUUUGAUCAGAGAUGUGGGCACGCAAGAAGAGUACCUCAAAGCGGUACAACAUGCAGACACGAUCGGUGUCUUGACGUGGCAGAACGAUUCAAAGGGAAUGUUCUUCGUUACCAAGUUCGAUCAGAUGGCGCAAUACUUUAAGGCCAUUGCGAGAAGGAGAAGAGAAGAUGAAGGCGGUGCUGGAGAUGCGACACCAAGAUAG